AUCAACUCACUGCAGGAACCGUAACACAUCGUCUUUCAGCAUGAGGCGGCUGCUGCUUCUCUCUCUCUUCGUUUACGGCGUGCUGUGCAAUUUAGAUUACGAUGAUUACAGCGCGAAUGAUACGGAACCAAUGUCUAGGAGUGUGAUCGACCCCAGGGGACACAGGCCUUCAUCCAGAGGCGGUGACCGCUACAGUUCCUAUCAGCCUGCCCCCCCACCCAUCAGCGGAGGCGGCCGGUACGGGGCCCGGCCCGGCGCUGCCCAGACCCUCCCAGUGCAGGGGCAGAAGAAGAAGGAGUAUCCCGAUCUUGGCGGAUGCACCCAUCUCUCGGAGCAGCUGGGUGUGCUGUGUCCAACUGGAUGUGAACUGAAAAUGACCAUUUUGAAGCAAGAGAGAACAGUGAAACCAGCCGUUGCUGCACUGAAAAGGGAUGUGGAUGACCUGUCCAGAUCCUCUAACAGCAUCUACCGUUACGUGAAUGGCCUCUCCUCCGCUCUGAGGGAGAGACAGCGCGUGAGCUACGACAAUGGCAACGUGGUCGGGGAGUACACCGACAACCUGGAGGAGCAGCACGCCUUCGUGAAGACGACCAUCGACACCACCUUCCCCUCCAGUAUCCGUAGCCUCCAGCGUAUCCUGGAGAGCCUGAGGGACAAGAUCCAGAAGGUGGAGAAGGCCAUCAUGGCCCAGAAGGAACAGUGCGACAAACCCUGCACCGUCACCUGCCCCAUCCCCGUGGUCUCCGGCAAGGAGUGCGAGGACAUCAUCCGCAAGGGCGGCGACGUCUCGCAGAUGUACCUGAUCCAGCCCGACUCCUUCUUCGCGCCUUACAAGGUGUACUGCGACAUGACCACCCAGAGAGGAGGCUGGACGCUGAUCCAGAGCAGGAUGGACGGCAGCGUGGACUUCGGCAGGAGGUGGGACGACUACAGGGCCGGGUUCGGCAACAUCGCAUCUGACGCCGGGAAGGGCUUCUGCGGCACUCCAGGCGAGUACUGGCUGGGCAAUGACAGGAUCAGCCAGCUGACCAAGAUGGGCCCGACCGAGAUUCUGAUCGAGAUGACUGACUGGACCGGGGCCCAGGUGAUGGCGCGGUACCAGCAAUUCACCGUGCAGGGCGAGACGACCAACUACAUUCUGGCGGUGGCUAAGUACUCGGGAACAGCAGGCGACUCCUUCCUGGAGGGGGCAACCGAGCUGACGGGCGAGAACCGCACCAUGACCAUCCACAACGGCAUGAUGUUCAGCACGUACGACAGAGACAACGACAAAUGGACUGCAGGGGACCCCACCAAGCAGUGCUCACGAGAGGACGGGGGCGGCUGGUGGUACAACCGCUGCCAUUCCUCCAACCCCAACGGCAGGUACUACUAUGGCGGAGCCUACACCAAGUACAUGGCCAAGCACGGCACAGACGACGGUGUCGUGUGGAUGAACUGGAAGGGCUCCUGGUACUCCCUGAAGGCCAUCAGCAUGAAGAUCCGGCCAUACUUCGCCUCGCGGUAGACGCGAUCCAUCCGCGACAGUCAGGAGCCCUGCUGAGACCCCACGAGACUGACUCUCCCCUUGUCUUUGCCAGAGCAUCGUUCUAAGGGUCAACAAAGCUGGCUGAUCUUCAGAGAUGUUAAACUGUGAUAUCACUGACCAGGAAGUCAUUCUAAUUUUAUUCACCAAGAUGUGCUUGUGAGUUGAAUUCGAAAAAAGAGAGCAGCUAUAGGUCUAUGGAUGAUAAAAAAAGAUAUACAACAUGUAAACAAUCACAGCAGUGAAGUUCUCUGUUUGAAAAAGGAAAAGGCUAGAGCAUGUUAAAAAAAAAUCAGCCAGAUAAAAAACCAACUGAAUAUUACGGCACAAAGGUUUAAAGAAUAACAUUAGAGAGUAAAAUUCAAAAAAAGUCAUUACUUUUACAGGCAAGUUUGACAAAAAGUAAAAUGCGGCGAGCAAGACAACGGACCCCUGGUCAUUAGUACUGUUUUACUAUAGAAGGACAUGUGAGGAGGAAGAUGUGCAACACCUGAGUCGAUGUGGCUUCUGUCUGUCAUUCAAUAAAAAUGCAGUGAACAAUA